GAUUGUUUCAAAAACGUUUCAGACCCCAUCGAGUCAAGAUCGUUGGAUCUCGUGCAAUUGCAAUAAUUAAAUAAUAUUUUUUUUUCGUUGGCAAGUGUUUUCAAUUAACUAAAAAUGCGCCUUUUACAAACUAAUCCAAUUGAUUUCAUCGAUCCUUCGGAGUUACUAAGACCUGAGCCCACAUUUGCGGAUAAAAGCUUAUCAAAAUUCCGAGAUUAUAGCAUCGAUCCAACUGAUCCUUUAAAGGAACGUGUGCGCCAAACAUACAGAUUAAUGCAUUUAAAUCAAACGGUGGAUUCUGUUAAAGGUCGUCGUGAUAAAUGGUUAAAGUUCAAUACAUUUACGGCCACCAUACGUGAAGCACUGGAAAAACUAAACGAUUUGGUGGAUGAAUCUGAUCCCGAUAUUGAUUUACCAAAUAUAGUGCACGCAUUUCAAGCAGCGGAACGAGCACGUGCCGAGUAUCCCGAAUUAGAUUGGCUACAUUUCACUGCAUUAGUGCAUGAUCUUGGUAAAGUUAUGGCAUUUUAUGAUGAACCACAAUGGGCAGUUGUGGGUGAUACCUAUCCCGUUGGUUGUGAAUGGGGUCAAAGCAUAGUAUAUCGUAGCGAUAGUUUUGAAGGUAAUCCAGAUGGCAAGAAUCCUAAAUAUAACACAAAAUAUGGCAUGUACGCACCCAAUUGUGGUCUCGAUAAUCUAAUGAUGUCUUGGGGUCAUGAUGAAUACAUGUAUCAAGUGCUUAAACAUAAUAAUACCACGUUACCAGAUGUUGCAUGUAAUAUAAUACGCUUCCAUUCCUUCUAUCCUUGGCAUAAUGGUGGUGACUAUGAAUACUUAAUGACACCAGACGACGAAGAAACAAAGAAAUGGGUUUUGAUAUUUAAUCGUUACGAUCUUUACACUAAAAGUGAAACUGUGCCUGAUAUUGAAGCUCUAUGGCCAUAUUAUCAAUCUUUAAUUGAUAAGUAUUGUCCGGGAGAAUUGGAAUUUUAAUUUAAGUUGUAUUAUUAAUCAUUAAUCAUUUGUAUAGCAAAUUUAUAUAAUUAUUAU